AUGGAGCCCAAUGGUGCUUCUAAUGUGGUGCCUUCAGCUGCUCCGUCUGCCACAGAUUUGAUUCUGCAGCAAAGGACUGGGGGAUCCCCAUCUGCCCAGGCGACGGUGCAGCAAGUGGUAUCGAAGGGAGAUGGCAGCCUCUGGUCGCAGGUCACGAGCAAUCCCUUGUUCACGGCUGGUUUCGGCCUCGGAGCGCUAGGUGCAGGUUUGACGUUUGCGCAGAGGGGAGUUCGCCAUGGCGCAGCUCUCCUGCGUCGCCGAAUGCUAGUGGAUGUGGAGAUCAGCAUCAAGGACGACUCAUACCCAUGGUUCCUCCACUGGAUGACGCUUUAUCAACAAUCGCAGCUCAACACCACCCGCGCAGCUGCCAACAGUACCGGCUUCGUCGACCGCCUCCUCCACAAAAUGACCCCCGGCAUGCGCCACCUCUCUAUCCAGACCUCGAAGGUUGAACACUCCAAUGGCGCUAUUCAUACACACUUCUCGUUAGUUCCAGGUCCCGGCAAGCAUAUUCUACGGUAUAAAAACGCGUUUGUCUUCGUGAACCGAGUGCGAGAAUCCAAAUCCCGCGACAUCCAAACUGGAAAGCCUUGGGAGACCAUCACCCUGACUACUCUCUACUCUCAACGCCAUAUCUUCGAAGACCUCUUUACGGAAGCUCAUGCGUACGCUGCAAAGUCACAUGAGGGGAAGACAACAAUCUACAACAGUUGGGGAACAGAAUGGAGGCCAUUUGGCAACCCUCGACGCAAGCGUCCUCUGGAAUCAGUUGUGCUUGCUGAGGGUGUCUCGGAGCGUAUUGUAGAUGAUGUCCAAGAUUUCAUCUCGAGCUCUGCAUGGUACCAUGACCGUGGUAUUCCCUACCGUCGAGGAUAUCUUUUGUAUGGUCCUCCUGGUACGGGUAAAAGUUCAUUUAUCCAGGCGCUAGCGGGAGAGUUGGACUACGAUAUCGCAAUCUUGAACCUUAGUGAACGUGGCUUGACUGAUGACCGGCUCAACCAUCUUCUCACCAUCGUUCCGAAUCGAACCCUUGUUCUACUAGAGGAUGUAGAUGCCGCUUUCUCUAAUCGGCGCGUUCAAACCGACUCUGACGGCUAUCGCGGCGCGAAUGUCACGUUCUCUGGCCUGCUGAAUGCGCUUGAUGGCGUUGCCAGCGCCGAGGAACGCAUUAUCUUCCUCACCACCAAUCACGUCGAACGCCUGGACGAGGCCCUGGUCCGACCGGGGCGCGUAGACAUGACGGUGCGUCUCGGAGAAGUGACACGAUACCAAGUCGGCCGUCUUUGGGACCGUUUCUAUGAAGAGAUCGACACCGAUGGCUCCAACCGAAAGAUCUUCCUUGACCGACUCCAGCAGCUCGGCUUGAUCGAGGAUGAGCAAGGUCACAAAGCUGACCGAUCGAAGAACACGAGCGCAGCGGCUCUACAAGGGCUGUUUUUGUACAACAAGGGAAAUAUGGAGGGCGCGAUUGCCAUGGCAGAGGGACUUACCUAUUCCGUCCAUGAUGAGGCUUCGGGGCAUGACCAGGGUCGAAGCGAAUAA